AUGGCCCCUGAGGCCCCGGAUCCCCAGAGCCUGAAGUCAUGGCACGAUGCAUUCCAGUACCCGAUUCCCACGGUCCGCCGCGUGGAGCAGGAAUUGCGUCGGGAUAUCGCGAGCAAUAAGGAGAAGCUCCGAGCUCUCGUGGGGACCCGAUAUCGAGAGCUAGUUGGAACGGCCGAGACAAUUGUUUCUAUGAACAAAGAUAUUCAGGAUGUGGAGUCUAUUCUGACGGAUGUUGGACGCCGAUGCAACCCGCGACUGGUGGAGAAGAAGCUCCAACAUGCGCGACAGAUUAAGAGUGAUGCUGCAGACAAGGACGCUGACAAGCACACUUUUGGCGCGCAACUUGCCCUCCUCCAUCGCUGCACUACAACUAUCGCAAGACUGCUGCGGAAGCGAGCGUCGCUGUUGCUCGUGGCAAAAAUUAUGGUUGUCUCACGGUUGUUGCAUAAUACCCUUUCAAAACACGAGAGUAUCCCGCCGUUCCUCAAAGACCUCCACAAUCAAUUCGUAUCUCUACACCAAGCCCUGUUAAAACGGAUUGAUAAACGCCUGGCAUCCAUCAACGCCACAGAAGAUAGUAUCAUCGAGUCUCUGGCAGCGUACUGCCUCGCCACAAUUUCUUCAUCAGACGACGCUAUUCACCAUUUCCGCAAGGUGCGCCUGGAUAUUAUCGUCAACCAGCUGUCUCUGUCGCGCGAGAACAUUCCUAAGAGUCUGCGAAUUUUCAUUUUCACAUUGCAGACCUCAAAGGUGCUGCGAUCACGUCAGUUCUCUGACCUUCUCUCGAAACUAAAAUCAAGGCCCAUCCUCUCCGACCCGGAGAUUCGCAGUCUGGACGGGCUGGAAAUUGAAGUUCUUGGUCGUUGGGCCGCUCCCGAUGUCAAGAAUUUCACGCCGUGGAUUACGCUGAGUGAAUUGAGCCGAUCUGAGGGUGUGGAAUCAAUCAAGGAGUGGUCCUUGCAAGCCUUUGAGAAGUUCACAGAGGGCUGCCAGACAAGUCUUGCUCACAGCGAUGACUUCACCGAACUUUUGUCUUUGCGUGCUGAUACCGUGGAGCUGUGGUUAUCAUAUUGGGGCUCGACCAUUACACACGAUUCUGUCGAUGUUCUCGAACGCCUUCGUAACAUCUUCAAUGGCCAUCUGAAACGAGUCCUGACCGCGCAAGUACAAACAAUCGACGAAGUGGCAGGCCAGAUCUCAUCCUCUAUUUCUGCCUGGGAAGCUACAGAACACGAGCCCAUAGGCUCCCUCUGGGACCCAGAUCUCAUCAACGCAGACUUCUCGAACGGGGCCGGGGCAUUCAAACAGACCGUCGCAGACCGACUCCUUGGUCGCGAUCACGAUGUGUCCACAGUACUCCAGAAAUACAAGACCUGGCUUGCAUCUAUUCAGGAGGUCAACGAGUCUAUCGACUCCCUGCGUCGUCUCAAAUGGACCGACAUCCUUGUCGGGGCCGAAGUCGAGGACGAAGACAUCGAUAUCAACCCACAACUCAACGAAGAUGACCCUCGCUCCCUAUCGGAUGCCCUUCACUCCGCCGUGCGACAGGCGCUUGAUAGUCUAAAAUCAUCAGUGAACGAUGUCUUCAAGACGUUUGGAUCCUCUCAUGCAAGCCAAAAGGCCGUGUUCCUGCUCAGAGUUAUCAGGCUUGUGCGUCGGGACAUUCCCACGGACUUCCUCGGCAACGAUUUUACAUUCUCGAGCGAAGUGGUACCCGAACUGCAGAAGCUACUUGCCGCGGAAAUUGUGGCCCAGAAUGGCUCCCUAUCCCUCAUCCCGUCUUCCAAGUUUCACCCUGAGACGGGCAAGCCCAGAGUCGUGCCUGGUAGGUCGCUCUGGGAACACGAACCGCCUGUACCGGUGCAGCCAUCUCCAGGUACAUUCAAAUACCUGCGUCGCCUGACAGCUACGAUGGAUGAGAGCGGGUCAGAUCUCUGGGAUCCAUCGACCGUGAAAGUAUUGAAGGAAGUACUGCAGAAUCAUCUAGAGAGUGCACUCGGCUCCACACUCGAGGAACUCGAAGCCUGGAACCCUGAAGACAAAGACACGAAGCCCAAGACCAAGGGCGAGAAACCCGCUCAAAAUGGCGAGAAGAACCACGACGACUCUACAGAGGCCGAGGCCGCCGCAGAAUCCUCCAACACCCCGCCUCACACCGAAAUCCUCCGAGACUGGAAAGUGCAGCUCUUCUUCGACACAAUGUACCUAUCAAACAUGCUAGGCGACGCGACCCAGCUGGCUGGUGUCGCAAAACGCGUGCAGAAGAGUGCAAAUCCUAACGCGGAGGCUGUCAAGGCAGUGCAGAAGCUCGCGCAGGAGUAUUGGAAGCGUACAGAGAUGCUUUUUGGAUUGUUGGCUGAGCGAUAA